UUUUUUUUUUUCCUCAGAAUAUGUAAACUUCCUGGGAGUGUCUACUUUCGUGCUUCUCGACCGAAACUGCUAGAAGCAUGAUCGUCUCCCCAUGGAAGUCGUUACCUGUGAUAUGUUAUUUAAUUAUAGCUACUACAAGUCACGCCGCAAACAUCUACGAUCAGCUCAAAUAUUUUGAAACAUUGAAGGUCAGCGAUCUCAGUCAUUCAAUCACGAAACGAGGAACGCAGCCAAGCAAGCACAAAUUCAACACAAUCAAAGAAGUCAGCUUCAGAGCACACGGAAGGGAUUUCCGGCUAAUCCUAAACCCGAGCAAAGGUCUGUUAUCGGCCCACUUUAAGGCGUACACAGUUGAUGGUUCUGGCAACAAAAGACCCGUAUGGGUCGACCAAAACCAGUUCUACGAAGGCAGGGUGUUCGGGGAACUCGUCUCUAACGUAAGCGCGCACAUUGACGAAGGCGUUAUGACAGCGUCGAUACGUGUCAAGGACGACAUAUAUGUCGUGGAACCGUCGUGGAGGCACAUACCCAACGACCAUAAUGACACCAUGAUUGUGUACCGAGCGUCAGAUGUCAAAUACUCCUGGGACCCAACGCAGGGAGCUCAGUCUUUAACCAAGUACUGUGGCUAUGUCAAGGAGAAUGGAAAUGCCACGGAGGUUACCGGUGACCUGUCCGAGAACUUGAGCCACUGGAACGACGGAAGCAGCAUCGCGUCUCACGUCCAAAAGCGACAGGCGAUGGAACCCUACCACUGGGAGCCUGUGCAGACGCGCUGUUCUCUCCUCCUCGUGGCCGACCACCGUUUCUAUGAAAACAUGGGGGGCCGUAAUCUCAAGAGCACCAUAAAUUUCUUGAUAACCCUGAUAGACCGAGUCAACAAGAUCUUCCUUGACACUGAAUGGCGAGACAGUGACCGCCAUCCUGGAUUUCGUGGAAUGGGCUUUGUCAUUCAAGAAGUGAUGGUACAUACCGAACCGACGCCUGUGCUUCGCAACGAAGUCCAUUACAACAUGGCGGGUGUUACUUGGAAUGUGCGAGACCUCCUGGAGGUGUUCUCUCGCAGCCUGAACCACCGCUGGUUCUGCCUGGCGCACUUGUUUACCGAUCAGAAGUUUGAAGGGGGCAUCCUGGGCCUUGCUUACGUGGGCUCCCCUCGCCGCAAUUCCGUGGGCGGCAUUUGCAGCCCCGGUUAUGUGAAAAAUGGCUACACCUUAUAUUUAAACUCUGGGCUGAGCACAUCACGAAAUCACUACGGACAACGAGUGAUCACAAGAGAAGCCGACCUGGUCACAGCACACGAAUUUGGUCACAACUGGGGCAGUGAGCAUGACCCUGACCUGCCCGAGUGCUCACCGGACUCACAGCGAGGUGGAUCGUAUUUGAUGUACACUUACUCUGUCAGUGGCUACGACCCAAACAACAAGAAAUUUUCUCCGUGCAGCGUACGUUCAAUUAGGGCAGUUUUGCUGGCUAAGGCGAGCAAGUGCUUUUCAAAGCCUGAAGAGUCAUUUUGUGGAAACUCGUUGGUGGAAGAAGGAGAACAGUGCGAUGCUGGCCUCAUUGGGAGUGAGGACAGUGACCCCUGCUGUGAUGAGGAAUGCCGGCUUAAACCCAACGCAAAGUGCAGUGACAGAAAUUCUCCCUGCUGCCGAAACUGCGACUACUCCCAGAAUAACGGGGCGCUGUGCCGUGAGGCACAACCCAAUGCUUGCAAAAAUGAAGCCUACUGCACUGGUAAAUCAGCUGAGUGCCCUCCGUCACCACCGCAACGGGAUGAUAGCCCGUGCUUGGACAAGGGCAAGUGCAGAGCUGGGGAAUGUAUGCCGUACUGCGAGACAAGAGGGGAAGUCUCCUGUAUGUGCGACACAGAGGUGGACGCUUGCAAGCGUUGCUGUCGACCUUCGCACAAUGCUACCUGCAAGCCAACAGAGCCAAUGGAAAUACUGAGAGACGGGACGCCAUGCAUACACGGAUAUUGUGAGAAGGGAAAAUGUGAAAAGACGGUCCAGGACAUUGUUGAAAGGUUCUGGGAUAUUAUUGAGGACAUUGACAUCAACACAGUUUUAAAAUUCCUGAAUGACAACAUUGUGGGCACUGUUAUUGUGGUGUCCAUGAUUGUGUGGGUACCUGGAAGCUGUCUUAUAAGUUACGUGGAUCACAAGAGGAGAGCGGAGCAUGAAAAGGCCAAGAAGACUUGCCGGAAGCGUGAUAGCCUUCAACCGUUUCGUCCGCCAUCGGACAGCAGCGUCAAAGUAGUCCACAUUUCGCGGCGGCAGCCACCUCCGCAGCCAGAGCCACAGCCGCAGCCUCAGCCACAACCACGGACACAGCUCCCUUUGCAGACGCCAUCAGAUGAGCAAGUGCUGGCUCCAACACUGCGGUUGCCGGGUCGAGCUGCACAAAGUUCUGACUACUGGCAAUCGCCAAGCUCCUAUGCUGGCUCAGAAAGAGGCGGCGUGCACCCAUCAAGGUACGAGGGACGCCUCUACGCAAGGCCGAGCAGUGUUGCUGAAGGUGGCAACUACAGCAGACAUGACCCAUCCGACUACUACCACCACCACCCUCUGCACACGCAGGGCUACGGGCGACAGGGUGCGGCGUCCGUCUCGUCUGAUAGGCCUGGAAGCCGGUCGAGACAACACAUCGAGAACUACACGGCCCUGUAGCUUAGCAGUUGUUGUCGUUAUCAUUUGCACAUGCCCACCUCAUAAUUUUGGUCCUUGUUU